AUGAAUGUAAUUAAUUGGUCCAUGUAGUUGCUGUCACUUGACAGUUUAAUUUUGUUUUAGUUCAAGUUACGUUCACAAUUUCAAGUUUUGUUCAAUUUCUUUUCAAGAAAUGUGUUCAUCAUGGUUUCUGGUGAAGAUUGUUCAUGUACUGAUGCAACAGAAUCUUCGAACAUAACAUCCUUGCAGUCAGACCCUAUUUAUUCGAUUAAUGCCAAUGUCAAGGAACCUCUUCAUGAUACUGCGACGAGAGAGCACAACACUUUUCAACAAUUUAAUUGUAGGUAGACAAGGAAUUUAAUCAAUGGAAAUUGCUAAAAUUUACGUAUAAAUACGCCAUUAUUUACAAAGUUAAAGACUGUAAAUGUCGAGAGAUACAUUCAACUGUACAACACGGAGCAACAUUAGAACAGUGUGCAGUAACAGGAACAAUACAAGAAUCGUACAAGAAGGAUUCACUGAAAGAUAAAUGUUCGAAGGAACCAUCUUCAAAGCCAUGUUUAUGUUAUGCUCACAAGAUACAGAUCGCAAUCACGGCUGUUUUCGUGUCCUUUUAAAUGGCGAUGGCGAAAAAAGGAAAGAAAAGAUAAAACUUACGAAGUGAAAUUAACACCGAAAAAAUGUCCCCAUUAUGCGGAGCCCUUCAUGUGCUGCGAAAUAUCAGAAGGGAUACCAAGUAAAAAGAAAACACCACCAAAGCCCGAAGGGAAAAAGGUAGAAGUAACAGAGAAAAUUGACAUCUAUUACUUCGACCAUGGGAAUUCUGCAUAUUAUCGAACAACGGAUUCACCGCCGAUAUUAGCGACCGAGAAAUGCGUCGAAAAAACCGAUCAGGCAGCGACUCGAUUUUGGGCCGAGAUAUUUGGGACUAUUCAUAUCGGCACUGCUUUCAUCACAGCAUUUAUUCUACAAUUAGUACGAUUUAUACUUUAUAGUAUAAUUCGACCAUUGACUGUGGGCAUUUUGCAACUGUUAGCGGACUAUUUUAUAAAACCCCUAUUGUCGAUUGUGUUCAAUGCCCUGAUACAGCCUGUACUGAUACUGUUAUACAAUAUUGCAACGUCUUGCAAGGAUCUUUGCGAGCCUAUCGCAGAAGCAGUAGGGCUAUUCUUACGAGAGAUUGCUCACGUUUGCGCGGCGAUUCGGGUCGUCGAGGUGAAACAGGGUACCGCUCCCUCGGUUGCUUGCACUUGA